AUGAGGCUGAGGAGCAGUGCUUCGGAUCAAAACGUAUUCUUCGCUUAUGUAUGCAUGGUCAAUGACGUGAAACCAAUCGACGAUGCUGUGGAACACGGCCACAGCUCGAUGCAGGAUGAUAAUGAUCUAACGUUGAUCGAGGACCGUCCAAUACAAGUCGAAAGGUCUAAAGCCCUCCAUGAGCUUGUGGAGUCACAUAGACACGAAGAGGACUCCUUUUUGGGAGCUACUGCAGCAUAUGAAAAAAUAUCUAACGGAACCAGCGAUCUGCAAGGCAUCGACGAGGAAGACGUCGAGGACACAAGGAACCACGCUAAUAUUUUAAAACUGACCAAGAUGAAGUGGCUGACCGAAGAUCAAGAAGGUUAUGCAGAAUCUAGUUCACCAUCGAUAUCCCCGUCGAACUCCACAACAUCAACAUGUAGCCGAGAAUCUGAUGACGUUAUUGAUCGUCGACUCAGUUUCGGUGAUAAAUGCUUAUCCACUAUACUACGACUGGAUAGAGAGCACAACAUGUUUGGGAUGUCGAAUAUCGCCAUCGUUGGAAAGAAAACAUCGAAAAGAAGUCGCAAAGACGAAAAGCCUGUGUUUCCGCAGACCGCCAUUGUACAGAUAUGUUGUGGUAAAGGCUGUUGCAGACAUAAGAGUAAUAGCGACUUACCAGCAUCUUUAAAAGAUGAUCCACCAUGCCCGGCAGUAUCUGCGCCGUGUUCCCCAUCUAAGUGCAUGGUUGACUGCGCAAAUUGUUUCGGAUUAAAGAUUUCUUUAAAACGAAAACCAAAAUAUGAACCUUCACCAAUUGAAUUAACACCAAGAUCGAGUUGCGUUUUGCAAAAACCCCUAGCCGCCCGUUCCUGCCACCACAUACCACACUGUGUUCCACCAUCAUCGUGCUUUCCGUACUUGAUGCCUUGCUAUUGGCCCGCACGAGCCGGGGCCCCUUGCAAUGAUCCUGCGAGAUGUUUCCACACUCCACCGUGUAGGGCACCGAGGAAACGGCAGGGCCCCAAACCACCGGAUGAAAUUUGCCCAAAGGUGAAUAUUUUAAGUCACUUAGUUUCGCAUGGUAAAUUUACAUGA